AGCGGCUCCGGAGGGUCACGGACGUUUCGAUUUCCGCUUCCGGUUCGGCCCAGAAGUCAUGGCAGCCACCAGGAGAUCCAGGCCGCUGUUGUGGCUGAGAAGAUGGAGCCGCCAGCCGGCAGGAACCCCGUUGUCCCGGGCAUUUGCUGACCUUAUUCCCAGAGUGUCCCAGGAGAAUGAUAUAUUAGAUUUCCUGGGGAAGAGACCACAUCGUAAGCACCCAGGGGUCUUACAUUUGUCCCAAGUGCAGCUGCCACAAGCCUUGGUCACCGCAGCCCAACAACUCGUGCAGGAAAGCUCCAUACCCAACAUAGAGAAGCAGGUUCAGACACUCACCAACUAUCUCUGGAGUCGAAAGCUUCCUACAGAACCUGAGGAGCUACGCAAAAAAGCAAUACAGCUGGAAAAUAAACUCCAGGAUACAGGGUCAUUACAGUCAGAGAAACAGCUUCGUGGAGCUGUGUUGAAUGCCCUACGCAAAACUAUUUACCAUUGGCAAAAACUGAGCUAUGAUGAAAGGUUGAGCCUAGUAUACAUGGCAGCACGACUAGAUGGUGGCUUUGCAGCUGUUUCCAGAGCUUUCCACGAGAUCCGAGCUCGUGUUCCAGACUUUAAGCCACAAACUUUGAUGGAUUUUGGCUCAGGCACUGGUUCUGUUACUUGGGCUGCUUAUGAUACCUGGGGCCAGAGCCUUCAUGAAUAUUUGUGCGUGGAUAGCUCAACUUCCAUGUUGGCCUUGGCAGAAAGGCUUCUGAAAGGUGGCUUAGAUUCUGGGAAACCCCAUAUUCCAGGAGUCUUUUUUAGACAGUUUCUCCCAGUCUCACCAAAGAUACAAUUUGAUGUGGUGGUGUCUGCUUUCUCUCUAAGUGAAUUACCCAGCACGGCUGAUCGAACCGAAGUCAUCCAAACUUUAUGGCGUAAGACAGGCCAGUUCUUGGUUUUGGUGGAGAAUGGAACAAAAACUGGACAUCAUAUCCUCAUGGAUGCCAGGGACCUAGUCCUUAGGGGACCAGAGAAAUCUCCCAUAGACCAUCGACCUGGACAUGUCUUCGCGCCAUGUCCCCAUGAACUUCCCUGCCCCAAGCUAGCUGCUUCCCCACCCCAGGCCUGCAGCUUCUCCCAAGCAUACAGCACCAUCCCUUUUGGUUGGAACCAUAGUCAUAAGGAGGAGAAGUUCUCUCUGGUUAUCCUAAGCCGGGACCUUCAAGGGGAGGAUCAUCGAUGGGCCCGUCUCACCCAGCCUGUCCUUAAACGGACACGCCACGUACAUUGUCACUUGUGCUGCCCUGAUGGGCAUCUCCAACAUGUUGUGGUUACUGCCCGACAACAUGGCAGACACUUAUAUCGCUGUGCUCGUGCUAGUACCUGGGGAGAUUGCUUGCCUUUGACCACUUCACCUGAAUUUCCUCCAUCCCCUGUUCAAGAUCCUUCUGAUGACUGACAAGAGAUCUUAGGAAUGGUUGGCUGACACCUCCCGGGUUUUGCCUUCCUUGCCAAAAACAAUGCAUCCCAAGGAUUCAUGAUAGGGGUGCCAAGUACCCUCUGACUUUUUAAUUGAAUUGUUUUAUUUUUUUUAAAAUAGAAAAAAAGAAUUAGUGUUAUGCUUAGCAGGAAAGGAUUCAGGUUUCCUUCCUUCCUACCAUUGUAAUAAAAUUUAAUUCCAGGGUUCUUUGUAUUCCCACCUAGUCCUUAGUCCAUCCUAAUAUUGCUCCUUAUGUAAGAAUCACUGCUCACCAAGGGAAUCUUGUUUGGGAGUAGUGGGAAAACUACAUGACAAGGGCCACCCCCAGGUCUUCUGAAAACUGGCUCAACAGGUCUUAACAUGGCUAUGCAGGUAGCCUGCCUAGGGAAACCAAGCAACCACCUCUCCUGACCUUUCUCCCAUUGCCCCGCUUAAGGUUCUUCAACCAGAUCAGUGCUUUCCUUAGCUGUCUCACUUAGACUUGAAGCCAGGCUAUGAGUCAGGACUCAGUCCUUUCCCAAGCUCCACUCCAGCAUACUCCAAGCUAGUACAUUUUACUCUAGUUGGUUAAUAUCUCCAUUAUCCUCUGGCUUCAUUAAAUCUCAGGAUCAACUAUUCCCUUUAUCUUGAGGUUUAUAGGCACUAAGGUUACCCUAGGUCAUCCCCCCCGCCCCGGCCAAAGCGCUAGUCAGGUACAGGAAGAGGCAGGGACAGUGUUAAUAGAGUGGCCCCAUAAAUCUUAAUGUUGCUCCCCCCCUAAAAAAAAAAAAGUUCAUUAUCUGGAGUUGCAGGUAAGGGGACUGGACCUCUCAGUUCCCACAACAUGGCAAAAUGGAUAGCCCUAGCCCUACCUUCUUUUGCCCCAGCUGGCCCCAAAUCCCCUCUGAAAGGGUGCAGUUCAGGUGUCAGAAACGGCAGCCUACAAAGCAGGGGGAUUGAGUAAAGAAACAUGGUUGGUUUGGAUUGAGUGUCCUGAGCAAGGAAAAGCUAGGCUUUUGUCUUCAGUGAGAAGGGGGUAGGGGCUACUCCGCCAUCAUAGAGCAUACCAUCUCCCAUCAGGCUAACCCUAGAGGUGAGCUCAUACUGUUCUUUGUCAACCUAAGGAUUAGUCAGCCACGAGGAGGAGGAGAGAGACAGCUCUGGGCAGUGUCUGGCAGGGAGUCUGGAGUUUCUGGUUACUGAGCUGAAGAGGGUGUGAGGCUGGGGAGGGGCCCUGAUUGGGGGGGUAGGGGAAAACCAGAGGCAGAGCCCCAGUCAAAGUCAGAUGUCUACAUAAGCAGAGGCAGCACACAUCAGCCACUACCACUGCCCACUGGGGCCAGGUGAACCAACACAACAGCUUUUACCUGCUCUGAAGACCUACUCUAUAUCACCCUGGGGCCUCCACUCAACCUCCACCCCAGUGAUGGAGCCACUUGUGGGUGUAAAAAUUGGCUGCCUGCUAGCCUUGCUGGCUCUCACUCUGUUCUGUGGCAUUAUUCCUAUCUGCUUCAAAUGGUUCCGGAUCCAUGCAGCCACAGGGAAGCACCGCCGGGUCCUCAGCCUCCUAGGUUGUGUAUCAGCAGGAGUGUUUUUGGGAGCAGGGCUCAUGCACAUGACAGCUGAGGCCCUGGAGGGCAUUGAUUCAGAGAUCCAGAACUACAUCCUACAGAACAGGACAGGGAAGGAGGCAAAUUCUUCUGACAUCACUGAUUCAACUGAUGUGGAUUACCCGUUUGGGGAGCUCAUCAUCUCCCUAGGCUUCUUCUUGGUCUUCCUUUUGGAGUCACUGGCACUGCAGUGGUGCCCUAGUGGUACCAGGGGGUCAAAAACACAUGAGGAGGAAUGGGGUGGGGCCCAUGAUGCCCAUUCCUUGAGUCUCCACAGUCAUGGACACCUGCCAUCACCCUCUCAGGGGUCCUUUAGGGCUCUGGUUCUCUUGCUUUCACUCUCCUUUCACUCGGUGUUUGAGGGGCUGGCUGUGGGGCUUCAGUCUUCAGUACCAGCUGUGCUGCAGCUUUGCCUGGCUGUCCUGGCACACAAGGGAUUAGUGGUAUUUGGAGUGGGACUUCGACUGGUGCAGACAGGCACGGGGCCACGAUGGGCUCUGAUCUCUAUCCUGGCAUUGGCCCUCAUGUCCCCCCUUGGCCUAGCUGUAGGGAUGGCUGUGGUUGGGGGAGAUCCUGAGGGGGGAAGGGCCUUAGCCCAGGCUGUAUUAGAAGGUGUGGCAGCUGGCACUUUCCUCUAUGUAACCUUCUUAGAAAUUCUUCCCCGGGAACUGGCUGCCCCUGAAUCCCCUCUAGCCAAAUGGGCUUGUGUGGCAGCUGGUUUUACCUUCAUGGCCAUAAUUGCCAUCUGGGCAUGAAUUAUCCCCUACUCUAAGAGAUCAUCCUUAUCCAGGUAACUAGCCCAAGUGAAUAUCCCCCUUUCUGAACUGGCCCUAAUCCUGGGACAUUUUUAUUGAGCCUAAGUGGCAUGCAUCCAGCACCAUCCUCAUAACUGGAUUCUAAACUUCCUUUGCAGGGUCUUUGCUUGGGUCCCCCAGCUCUUGAAAUAAGAGCUUGGGGUGGGGUGGGGGUUAGAGAGUGGGGAGCAACAGAGAAAGGGAGGACAGGAGAAUGAAGAUGAACCUUUCUGCCUAUUGCCCUAGACUCAGAUACCAGCACUGCCUGUGGUACGAUGUGUAAAUAAAUGUCAGUGGUCCUUCCA